AUGUAAUACUCUAAACUGCCUGUCUUUUUAAUAAAAUUGAAAUCUAUGUUAGAAGUACUUUUUUAGAGUGAAUUCAUAGGAUUAAUGCAAUUAACACAUUAUUAGUUGGAACGAUUAAGGGAAUAAAGUCAUUAUUCAUUAAAUAGAUGAGUUUAAGUCUUCAAUUUUGCCUCUCUAUUUUAAGACCACUAACUAUUCCAGUUUCUAAAAGUAAAAUUAUUGUGUUAAUUAAAGAUAAUUGAAUAAUUAUGGAUUUAAGAAUUUUAGAUAAUCUGCAAAGCAAUGUGAAUUUUAUAAUGAGUAUUGGACUCAUGAUUACAAAAGAAUUAAUCAAAUAAUAAGGAAAAGAAAUAUCUAAGAAGAUGUCAAUUCAACAUCAACUUUUAUGUCUUCUCUGUUGUUAUUAAUAUCAAAUUAAAAAUAGUUAAUGGCAAAUAUAGAAAUGAUACAUCAAUAAUAAUCUAUGAUAAGUUAAAACAUUUAUAAUUUACAUACAGAAUCAAUGAAAUAAUAAGACUUAAUUACUAACUUGCCUGAAUUGCAAAUUUGA